AUGACUGAUAAGCCCAGAAAAUGGGAGCCGGCUCGCCGCCAGAGUCGCCGGGUGCUCUCGUCGUUAGGUCUCAGACCGUCACCUGGUCAACAACCCCCCAACCCCGAAGAUCGAACCACGCCUCCACACACCGCCGCGGCCGGUAUCAUGGCUGCAUUGAACUAUGCCUCUGAGUCGAGAGCUGUCACGAUUCCUGAGAUCGAGUCUAUGCCAGCGUCGGAAUCGACAUUGACAUUGACAUCGGCAUCGUCCUCAGCUGCGGCGUCAGAGUCUUUAGGUGCUACUGCUGCUGAUGCUCCUGCUGUUGUUGCUGUUGCUGCUCCAUCUACUGGGCCAACAACCAUCAGCGGUGCUGUAUCGUCUUCAAGUGCGCCUAUUGCUACUAGUUUAUUGUCGUUGCCGUUUUUUACUUCUUCUGUUUCUUCUGCUUCUGCACCUUUUUUCGCGUCUAUUGGAUCAUCAGAGAGAGGAGGUUCUGUUGUUGCUUCGAGUGCGCCUGCUCGUGCUGCUACUCCUGCGUCUGCGUCAAUGUCUACGACUACCCCGACCGCAAGGUUUACAUUCGUUUCGUCUACUUCUACUUCUACACCUAGCAUGUCAGAGAGUGAUGUUUUCUCGUCUUUGCCAACAGUUUCUGUCCCUGUUCGUGUCCGUUCCCGUCUCCCUGCUACUUCUACUUCUACAUCUACCUCACACACCACUACCAACACCCCCACUCCUAUUACCAUCGCCACAAACCCCAUUCCCUCAACCGCAACCGCAACUCCCACCUCCAUCGCAAGUGCAGCUACAAGUGCAAGCAUAACCGCCCCCCUCCAACCCAUCAACCCCUUCUACCGUCCCCGACAACGCUCCCUCUCGUUCUACGACGCAAGCACCUCCGAAGACGCCGCGCUGCCUCAGAAUCGCCAUCUCGUGCAGAGCCAGAUCCACGGGGGUGUUGGAUCGUCGAGGUAUGUCGCUGCAAUUAGGGAUGCGGCGUUGGGGGUUUCGGAGGAGGAGGAAUCGGAGUCUGAAAGGGAGUCGGAAUCUGAAACGUCGGAGGAGGAGUUGAUCAGGAGGAGGCUUCCUUUUCGUCGAAGUGAGAGGGAGGGGUCUGCGUUUGGUCGGGAUCCGUUUUUCUUUGCGACGCAGAGGCAUACGGGUUCUGGUGCUGCUGUUGUGGGUUUCUCUUCUUCGGUGUUGGGUUUGGCUUCGGCUUCGGCUUCGGCUGGGGUGGUUGGGUCGUCUGUGUCUGCGUCUGCGUCUUUGCCUUCUCAAAGACAGGCGAAGACUUCUGCUUCGGUACAGAAAAGUACCUCCUACCCGUUCCGCUCUGAGGACCUCGAUGCGGCGUAUCGUCGUGCGUCAUUCGGUUCCGGCUUCAACUCCUCGAUUGAUUCGCACGUGCACUCCGGCGGUGAGUCGCCGUUGAAGGGGAUUUUGAAGAGACGAUACGCGGCGCCGUCGAAGAGCCCUUCUGCACGUGAGAAGAGGGUGAGUUUCAUGGAAGGUUCUGGAGCGGGUGAGGAUGAGGGGGAUGUGUUUGGUGAUGAUAAUGAGGGUUUGCCUAGGGAGGUGGUGGAGUUUGUGGGGAAGUUGGUUGAAGAUGAGGAUGUGGGUGAGGGUGAGGUUGGUGGUGAGGUCGCUGCUACUGCUGUGGUGGAUGAGGUGGGUGCUGAGAGUGAUACUGUUUCUGUUACUGUGAGGAAAGAUGGUGGUGAUGAUGUUGUUGGCGAGAAGUCAUCGGAUAGUGGGAACUGA